GUAAACAAUACUUAGUGUUUAUCUUAUCCCUUGGUGGUGUUUAUCAAAUAAAUUAAAUUUUGCAGCUUAAAUAUUAAAGUACCGAUCCAAGAAAUAAAAAUGACAACGGAGCAACUGCCGGAGCAGUAUUCUGUCUUCGUGAAAGAGGAACCCCGUGAGGAAUCACAAAUUCCGGUAUUCUGCUAUGAAGCGAUAACCAAAGAAGAAGUUAUCCUCGAGGACGAGCUGGCCGAGAAUGAGCCAUCCGGUGAUGAACGCUCGCACGGUAUGCCAGCUCCAGUGGAUGAAAAUCAAUUUAAGCACUUUAAAUGCUCCGAGUGCAACAAAUUGUUCAAGAGAAAGAAAUUCGCCAACACAUGCGAAAAGAAGCACGAAAUAAUACGGCUAGGACUGUUUGAGUGCAAGAUUUGCAACAAGCGCUUAAGUAAAAAACAACAUCUUGCGAAUCACAUGGAAUCCCAUAAGAGAGGAACGGUUAAAAUGUUUGGGUGCAACAUUUGCAACAGGCGCUUUUGUUCGAAGCAACUUUUUGAGAAACAUGAAAAGAGCCAAAGCUGCGGAGCUAACAAAAUAUUUGGUUGUCAAAUUUGCAAGGAGCGUUUCGAUACACAGGCAAAUUUUUAUAGACACAUGUUAUCUCACACUAAAGAAAAAAAUGCAACAAAUGCAACAAACAUACUCCCGGCGAAGGUUGCAGUCGAUAAUCACAUGUUCAAGUGCCCAGAGUGCGGUAAAACAUUUGAUCGUGUUAAUUUGGUUAGAGGAUGUCUUAGGAAGCACGAAGCCCGGCAAAUGGGAUACUUCAAAUGUCGCUUUUGCUUGAUCCACCUUGGUACAUAUCAAUAUCUGAAGAAACAUGAGGCUCGACAUCGAUUCGAACAGAAUACUGACAACGCCGAAACAGACCUUCCAACAGACGGGCAAACGCUCCCGCCAGUCAUCAACGAGGAAGAAGAUGAGGCUGAAGACUCUAACGGCGAGCUGGAGGUGGAAUCAAAACAAUUUUACAUUAUCGAAGAGAGUUCGGUAACUGCUUCGGUGAAAGAAGAGGAGCUGCAAAAUCUGCCCAUCAAAACUGAGCCUGAUAUCGAGCAAUGCAUUCCGCACACUGUAGUGAGUGUCAGUCCACAAGUGAAGAAAGAAUUUAUCGUUCCGUCGUGAUGUUCAAUAAUUUUGAUUAAAUUUUGAAUAAAAAAGGAAUAUUGAUACACUCAAACACCGACGGUUUGACACCAACUGUUGUCAAACGAACGGGGUCACUUUUUAGUUUGACACCCCUUUUACACUGAGUUCACACACACUACCGAAAAAAAAAAUGCAGGCUGUAGUUUUUUUU